CCGUCGUUCCAGGCAGUCGCGAUAUAAAGUUCACAGAGAUAUCUAGUAACUCUUGUGUAUCUAUCAGAAGUCGAAAAAACUUCACUUCCUAGUUGAGCUAAACUAGUAGCUCUAUUCGAUAACAUUUACGAAGCCAACUACGUAAAAAAAACGUCACGACACGUGAUCUAAUUUGCGCCUUUCCGCUGAUCAUUCUAAUCAGCAACCACGAAGCUGCUCGAGGGCUGCGCUGCCGAGUGCGAGGUUGGGAGGGCCAUGAAGACAUCUACAUUAUUGUGCAGUGACUUGAUCAAGCAGGAGUGUGACAUCAUAUGUACUUGGAUUGGAGGAUGUUUAAAAAAAAUUCGAUACGAGAUGCCUGCAAGGACCUCGUCCUGUCUGAUGAUCAGCUCCAACUCGUCAUGCAAAAGCUCACUGACGAGAUAAAUGCUGGCUUAUCAAGGACAACUCACGAUGAUUCAGUCGUCAAGUGUUUCACCACUUACGUGCAGGAUCUGCCCAAUGGCACCGAGAACGGCAAUUUCCUGGCACUGGAUUUGGGUGGUACAAAUUUCAGAGUAUUGUUAAUCACACUGGAAGGCCAAAAAUCCGACAUGAAAAGCAAAAUCUACGCGAUACCACAGAGUUUGAUGCUGGGAACCGGUACCCAAUUAUUCGAUCACAUCGCUCAAUGUUUGGCAUUGUUUAUAAAAGAUCUCAAUCUACAGAAUGAGAUACUGCCAUUAGGCUUCACCUUCAGUUUUCCUCUGAAGCAAUACGGAUUGACAAAGGGUAACUUGGUGAGAUGGACUAAGGGAUUCAAUUGCAGUGGUGUGAUCGGCGAAAAUGUUGUUGCCCUUCUCGAAGAAGCAAUUAGUAGAAGAAAAGAUGUUAAAAUCGACGUAUGCGCAAUUCUAAAUGACACCACCGGCACCUUAAUGUCAUGUGCUUUCAAAAAUCAAAACUGCAGAAUUGGUUUAAUUGUCGGUACUGGAUUCAAUGCCUGCUACGUCGAGAAAACGAAGAAUGCGGAGUGUGCAAUUCCGGGCAACUAUGAUAAAAAUAAGGCCCAUAUGCUCAUCAACACAGAAUGGGGUGCAUUUGGUGAAAGGGGUGUGCUGGAUUUCAUAAUAACUGAAUUUGAUCGUGCAAUAGAUGAAAAUUCUAUUAAUCCGACGAAACAACUAUUUGAGAAGAUGAUCUCGGGGAUGUACAUGGGUGAACUGGCAAGACUAGUGCUCGAAAAAUUAGUAAAUGCCGGUCUUCUAUUCGGUGGCAAAUGCCCAAGUGAUCUCAGAAAGCGCGGAAAAUUCUUCACCAAAUACGUCUCCGAGAUUGAAAACGAUCCUAAGGGAAGAUACACGAACUGUCGGGAAAUAUUGGCCGAACUGGGACUGCGAAAUGUGAGCGAUCAGGAUUGCGAGAACGUGAGAUACGUUUGUUCAGUAGUGUCCAGAAGAGCGGCGCAUUUGGUGAGCGCAGGAAUAGCGACGUUACUGAAUAAAAUGAGCGAAGAUAAUGUAACUGUGGGCAUCGACGGUUCGGUGUAUCGAUUCCACCCGCACUUCCACGAUCUCAUGACAGCGAAAAUUAGCGAACUCCAGCCUUACAAGUUCGAUCUAAUGCUUUCGCACGAUGGCAGUGGUCGUGGUGCAGCUUUGGUCGCUGCAGUUGCAUCACAGAGGCGGUGAAGACGCGGUUGUCGGUAGCGAGAUAGAAUUCAAUUAUAUGUAACAUAAAACCGACACAGACGAUGGUACGAGAGUUGAUUUGAAUGAAUGAUGAGCGAGUGAAUACGAGUGCGAGCGUUGAAGAGAAAUUACGACUUUUCUCUACGUUUUAGAAGCAUUUUCUACACUGUGUGUGUCCUUCUUUCUUUAAAUUCAUUUAAAAUUAUUAUAAGAUCAUUAUUCUAAGUUUCUGCACUCUUGAAUAAUUUGCUAGUCGAAAAAAUUUGUGGAAAAUGUCUAGGCAAGCAUAAUUAUACUAUGGACUUUUCUUCAAAAUAUUUUA